AGGAUAUUCGUUAGACCAGGUAUUCAAUGCUGAAGAAACUGGUUUAAAUUAUAAAAUGUUGCCAGAAACCACAUUAGCAAUGAAAAGUGAUGUGUCAGCUCCAGGUGCAAAAAAGAGGAAAGAAAGAGUAACAAUCAUGACUUGUGCAAAUGCAUCUGGCACGUUUAGAUUACCUUUGCUCAUGAUUGGAAAAAGUGCAAGACCUCGUGUUUUAAAAAAUAUUAACAUGAAUUCAUUACCAGUUGUUUAUCGUAACCAAAAAAGUGCUUGGAUGGAUAUUCAAAUUUUUAAAACUUGGUUUUUUGAAGAGUUUGUGCCAAAAGUAACAUCCUUCUUAAUUGAAAAUGGUCUGCCUCCAAAAGCCCUUUUAUUAAUUGAUAAUGCUGCUUCUCAUCCAUCCAUCAAAAUGCUCAAAUCCAAAGGGAUUUUAGUAAAAUUUUUACCAGCUAAUACAACAAGCUUAAUCCAGCCAAUGGAUCAAGGCAUAAUUUCAACAUUCAAACGUCUCUAUAGGAAAAAUCUCCUUCAGGACAUUUUAUUAAAUUGUAAUGACGAUGACAAUACCCUAUCCUGCCUAAAAAAAAUAACCAUGAAAGAUGUCGUAUAUUGGUCUGCAGAAGCUUGGGAAGCAGUUUUGUCAUCUACACUACGAAAAGGAUGGUCCAAAAUUCUGAGAGCUGAAUUUUUGGAGAAUGAUCAGAUUCAAAAAGAUGUGAACUUGAACCAAUAUUUUCGUAGAAUUCCAGGAUGCCAACAAGUGUCUGAAAAAGACAUUGAAAAUUGGAAUGAUGAUGCUAAAUGAAACAAGAAGUGAUCCCAAGAUAUCUUUUGAUGAUGCUUUUAUGGCUUUAGAAACAUCACUUCGUUUUAUUGAAACACAAGCAGAAGUUACAUCAAAUGAGUUGAUAACUUUUAGAAAGUGGCGAAAUUAUGCAGCUGAAAAAAGAAUACAGGGUAAAAAAAAACAAGCUUUGGUUACAGAUUAUUUCAUAUAAUUUACCACUGAAUUUGUUUUGUUUGUCACUUUGUUUACUCUUUUAAUAUUUUUUUUUAAAGAAAUAAACACAUUUUUAAAAAUUGCAUUCACAUAGUUACGUAAUUACUGCAAUUAGGGAUUCAUUUCGGAUUAUCCGACAUUUUCGUUAUCCGACAUCCCUUCAGCCCCGAUUAAGUCGGAUAAUUGGGAGUCUACUGUAAUAGAUUCAAAAAAUACAUUAACAUUGUAAAGCUACAAAAAGGAAGAAAUCAUACUUACAUCUACAUUGAUGUUGGUACAAUCAUCAUUUAUCAAUGGUGUAAUAAUCUUGUAAUUAUAAACACCCCAAAAAAAAAAAAAAAAAAAAAAAAAAAAAUCAUUUAUCAAUGAUACGAUACGCUUGAAAUUUUCAAACUGUCAAAUUAUGUCCAAGUGACCAAAAAUCAGCGAAUAGGUAGAGUUUAUAUCGACACGCGACACCCCAAACAUCCACAAUGCAUUUAAUGACGGAGUGUAUUGAUCACUCAUCUAUCUCAAUCUGUUCAUGACAAAUCAGUUCAGUAAGUUUAAUUAGGUAUAGAAAUUCCAUUUUUUUAAAAUCUUGGAAAAAAGACCCUUGGUAUUUUUUAUAAGUGUACCGCGAUUCGACUCCAUGAAAUAGGCAUCACUGCUGACAUUGAAAAGGCAUUUUUACAAAUGGUCUACAGGGAUUCAGUACGAUUUUUGUGGGUCAGGGAUAUUAAUUUACCCCCUAGGAUAGAUAAUUUAAUUUUUCUUCGAUUUGCUAGGGUUCCAUUUGGUGUUAUUUCGUCUCCUACGUUGCUUAAUUUAGUCAUAAAGCUCUUACUUUCGGCUACCAACGAUCCCGCGAAUGCUGAUUGGCUUUCUAGGGUACGAGACAAUUUUAUGUCGAUAAUUUUGUCACGUCGAUAGAAGAUAUGAAAAACAGCUUCGGAUAUUUUUUAUAAAUUACAGGCAAAAUUUCUUUCAAUAUCAAUGAAUCUUCGAGAGUGGACGUCAAACUCGUUACCAUUCUUGAAGAGACACAAUUUGAACUAUUUUCUUCAAAUUCUCCUCCGGUCAGUGUCUUGGGCAUAGACUGGAAUAGAGAAUAAGAUUCGUUGAUUAUUAAAAAACCAAUUCUUGAUUCGCCAAUAGCAGGUGUAACUAAACGUAGUGCAUUAAGUUACGACCCUCUUGAGUUUCAGUAGUUUCCGUUGUUUCCGGUUAAAACAUUAUUUGUGUGCGCAUAUCAUUGCUUCCUGUGUGAUCUUCAAAUUUUAAAGCAAAGGUAAAAUAGAUACAAUUCGUUAAUCGAGUAGUAAAAUGAAUUAGAUUAUUCUCAUGGUGUUAUGUUGUAUAGUAUUGCUUUUCAUUUUUACAGAACAGAAAAUUAUAAGGAUAAUUUUCAUUUCUGUACUAAAUUAGAAUUUUCCUGUUACAGUGUUGGUUCUGUAGUUAUGGCAUUCUACGACAAUUACGAUGAGGAAGAAAUAAGAAUGUUGCUAAUGUCCGAGGAAAGUAUAAACGUACUUUCUGCUAGCCCAAAUUUGGAACAAGCCCAAAUUGAAUACUUCGAAAAAAAGAAUGAAAUUGAAAAUCUGGAGAAACUUCCUUGCGUGGUAUGUUCCAUAUGUCUAGAAAACUUAGCAGUUCCUCCAGACGAAGUAUGCAGUGGUAAGCAGACUGAUAACACCAUGUAAAACUAAGUGGGGGCACGUAGGACACGGAGUAUGCUUUCUACGAGCAUACACAUUACAAGUAAACAACCAAGAGGCACCAUGUCCGGUAUGCAGAACAAUGUACACACUUAACACAUUACAGGUAAAACAUCUGAGAUAUACUUGAGGUUGAAAACCAAAUCAGAAUUCAGGGGACACAGUCUGUUCAAAAAGCAUUCACGAAAACAUAUAGUAAUUCGGAUAUCCUUCUUCGGUUUCGAGAGAUGCAGAGGCUCUAAGCACUGCUACGAGCAACUUGUGGACACAGCAGAACACAGCUUACCAGAUCACGCAGAGUAUUCGGGAGGAAUUAAAUGUAUUCGAAACAAACUAACUAAAAUUAGUCAAAAGCAGUUGUAUCGUGUUAUAGUUUUAGUGGAUUCCGUUGCAACUCGCACGAGCUGAGCAUUGGACAGAAAUUUCGCUUCAGAACGCGCAUUUACACUCGUUUAAAAAUGCAUUUUGCUUAAGUGAAGAGACGAUUAUGAAUGCACUACAUAAGCAUAACUUGAAUAUUCAGCUGAACGAUUUCACUGAACACCGAACUUGAAAAUACGACACGUUCCUGGCGCUCAAAAUCCAGCUGAUAAUAGAUGAUUAAAAUCACACAGAUCGAGUGGUAUAAAGAGAUUAAAGUCUCAUUUGCGCAUCUAUUGGAAUCUCCAACUGAAACAACGCAAGAAAAGCUUCACUAAUGGAAACACUCGACGAACUUACAUUCGAAAGCCAUCUUGAACAGAACGAUUUGUUUAAGAAUGGAAGCAUUUGUGGGCCACCCUGUAUGUCGUCGCCAGAUGCGCACCUAUUGUCGAUACCUACAUCUGUAAACUGAUCACAAUUAAGUAAAAUAAAAUAUGCUUAUAAAUGAGUCGUCAGGAAUUAUUGGCGAUUGACCUUUUGUCAAAAAAAUUCUAACUUUGAUUCGAUUCAACGAGCUACUUUCACAAUUCAAUGCAAUCAACGCAUAAAUGUAGUAGAACAUUUCCAGGAGUACAAAUACCACACAAAUGAAUAAUAAGGGACUAGAAGGUUUUCUCUGAAAGCAAAUUAUUUCUCGACACGUAGAUUUUCAUCCACGUUGAAUUUUUUCUCCACUGAAUGAAUUGAAUGCGCGUUGCGAAAUAAUAAAUUUGUCAUUUGAAACAUCAUUCAUUUUAAUUUUAUUUAGGUAAUUUGGUUAUUUUAAUGAAAAAAGCUAAAUUUAAUAUUUUUAAAUGAAUUGAAUAUAAUUAGUAUAAUAUAUUUUUUUUUAGAUUCAACGAAAUUCUCAAUUUUCCCAUUUCGAUUAAUAUAUCAUUUCCUCCGGUGCCAAAAACUUUGUGGAGGGGAGAAAUUCCAGGAAAAAUUCAAAAACGUCAAGAAACGUGCAUUCAAUUACAGAGUCACUGAAAAAACACUAAAUUAUUGACAAUUGAUACCAGCUCAGCUUAUUCGGCCGAACUCAUGUCCGCCUGGUGGAAAACGUAAAUAACACCAUAAACACAUUUUGCUGGAUGAACUUUACCUUCACAUUGGUGGAACUAGUUCAGGUGGUAUUUGUUCUGCGGGAGGUAGUUUGAAGAAAAUGUUCGGGAAUAUGUGCGUAACAUUGGUAUGUGGAUUUUGAGAAGUGAAAAAAAUACAGGUUAAUCCAUCAUCCAACCACAAUGAUGCAAGGAAGAAACAUAUCGAAAUGUGUCCGGUGCCAUGCGAUCCUAUACCACGACAGAUACGUGAAUACCUUUGCAAAGACGUUCAUGCUUAUAAUAAACACCGUACGUCUCAUGACUGUUCGCGAUCGAUAAACCCAAAUAAUAUUCCAAAAUGCCGAAGACCAAAUCAAUGCAGAAUAUGCGAAAGAUGGUACAUCAGCGCUACUGGGAAGCUGGCCCAUGUAAAAAGAAUUCACAGAAGGAGGUGCUACAGAUGUGGUGUAUGCGAUUUUGUCGUGGAUACCAGCAAUACUGUUAUCCAGCAUCAAAAAAAUUUGACCCAGUCGGAUGAUGAAGACGAUCUGUAAUCCAAUCUCGAAUUCAAGACCUGCUACUAAAUUUAUAAGUAUGUUUUAAUGUUUUUUUAUAUUUUUUUUGCAUAAUUGUAUAGGUUUUGUUUGUUUGUUUGUUUGUUGUUGUUGUUUCAUGUUCUCAUUCUAAUUAAAGAAAUUUUUUUUUGUA